AUGGGUAAAUGGGCAGUUGUCACAGGAUGUUCCCAUGGAAUUGGAAGAGCAUACGCGGAAACAUUGGCGAAGAUAGGAUUGAAUGUGAUUCUAGUUAGUCCUGAUACGGAAAAUUUAAAAACCAUUGCAAGUAAUAUCGAAGCAAUGUACAAUGUGAAAACAAAAGUAAUUAAAUUAGAUUUAUCGGAAGGCUUGGAAACAUAUAAUGUUAUCGAAAAAGAAAUGUUCGGCCUAGAAAUUGGCAUAUUAAUCAACAAUCUUGGCAUGUCAUAUCCGCAUCCAGAAUAUUUCUUGGAUCUUCCUCAUAAAGAAAAGAUCUAUAUGAGUAUUGUUCAUUGUAAUGUAGUAGUUGUGACAAAUAUGUGUCGUAUUUUAUUACCACAAAUGGUGGUUAGAGGAAAAGGAGUUAUAGUCAACGUAGCCUCCAUGGUAGCAGUAUUACCGAGCCCUCUGUUGACAGUCUUCGCAGCCACAAAAGCGUAUAUCGUGAAAUUUAGUAGAGAUUUGCAGAUAGAAUAUGGAAAACAUGGUAUAAUCGUGCAGUGUUUGUUACCAGGCACAGUCACUAAUCAUACCACAGAGUCACCACGAUCAGGAUGGAUGGUUCCAACACCGGAAAAAUACGUUCAGAGCGCGAUUAAAACUAUAGGCAAAGAAAAUGUAACGACUGGAUUUCUGCAACAUUCCAUUUUGAUUGGAAUAAUAAAAUUUAUUUAUCGAAUAUCACCGAGUUCUAUCAUCGUCUGGAUGAUUAAUAUCAUGGAAGGAAAUCGAAAUAAUGCGCUACGACGAUAUGUCGGAUGA